AAAAAUAUUUUCAAGACCAUUUAUCCACGAGGGAAAGGACCAACAGACAGGCUUUACAGCUCAUCAUGGCAAACCGCUGUUGUGCCCCUGCUUAAGAACUACAUGAACGCUUUAAAAUUUUCAAGAAAUACAUGCAAAUAGGGAUCAGCUCUUCCAUUAGGUUAAAAGUAUUAUUUUUUAGCUAAUCAGAUUUGAGCAUAGUACAUGCAGGCCUUACUGAUUGAAUUUUUGAUUUCACUUUAGGGGUGAUUGUUCACUUGGUCUAUUGAAGGGAGGGAUUGCUCAGAUGGGCCUUAGUUUUAUUAGUUUUUAUUAGUGAAAGUUACUUAAACGGACAAUGAGAAGAAACGAUCAUUUUUAUUAGAGGGGGAAACCUACAAAUCAGUUGUGUUUUCUAUCCAUUUUUUGCAGAAAAACUAUCAAAAACUGACGAACUUGAAAAUAAAAAUUGAAUAUGGAAUCACACAUUAAUUGGAUCUGAUCAAAUUUUGUGAGGGUUCUUUUCUUUCCUUUUAGAUUAUUAUCUGCACCUGGCAUUUUUUUAGGCAAUCCUGCUAACAUAACUCAAAAAACAGGAGCAGACCUUUCGAAUGUUCAAAUGAAAUAAGACGAGGUCAACUGAAAAGGUCAUUUUCUAGUUGAAGAGAAGCAUCGAAAAAAACUAGUAUAUUUAGAGUACCAAUACCAAUAUCAGUUCAGACUUGCCUUAAUUGAAUCAAAUGGUCUGUUCAGGAAAUAAUUUACAUGUCAUACUGAAGAGAAUAUAUACUACUAUGCUAUGCUAGUUGCACUGACGCAUCCAUCGUACAUGAGAUAUCUUGUCUAUCACUUGAGUUUUAAACAAAUCCAAGUUGAGCUAAAUUUUUAAGGUGCGUAAUGGUCUAGUCUGUUUGAAUGUGAACUAAUCCUCAGCUAAAAUCAAAUCAAUUCUACUCUUAAUCUGUCUGCAUACUACAGUUACAUGUACAUGACUGCACUUAGGGUUGAUUUGAUUGAUGGUCAUUAUGAUUUGAUGGCCACCAUUUCCUGAUCAUAGUUGUCUGAAUUUAGAUACCCAAGGAUCCCGUGCAACCAUGUCAACUCCUAAGAUUCUCCUAGCUCCUAGAACAUGCAAUGGUAUAACACUUGCAUUAUUAUUCCACUCCACCAAACUUCCAUAAUAUAAAGUGAAAAAGUCAUGCACAAAACACUAGGACAUUAUUGAGUGAUCAAGAAAGCAUCGUGUUGUUUAAAGUGUAAUUGAGGCAUAAAUUGUGGUUGGAAGUUGUGGGCAUUGGUAGGCCUAUGGCUAAAAUAGAGCUGAACAAACAAACAUAUUUCUACAUAGUUAAACACCAUUCACCACACAACACAACACAGAACUCACUUACUAAUUGUGUACUAAACAGAACAUACAAUCUCUCUUACUCUUGAGUCUUUUCUCGACAUAUUAGUUAGUACAUAAAGAUAACUAGCAGAAUAUAGCAGCCAGCAGAUCAUAGAUUAGUAUUACUUUAUUACUGUGAUAGAAACGAUACAGAUUACAAAAAGUAGACUUAGCAAUAGAAUGAAUUGAGCACAUAGAAUUCUCUCAUAGAGCAUAUUAAACAGAAUUGUUCAAUUGAGAACAGAUCGAAUCAAAUCAUCGAUCGAAUCAUUACUAAAUCAUACUAUUUUAUAGUCCUCAAUAAUUGCCUAUCUAUUUAGUGUUCUCCUCUCUUUUUUGCACCUUUUAUCACCCACUCAAUUAAUUACACAAACCAACCUGAAUUUCACAAAUCAAAUUUAUUCAAGGCAGAAAGCCACUCAAAAGUCAGUUACUAUAAGUCAUGAAAAUCAUAAAACUUUGCAGCUUCUAUCCAUGUGUAACAACUCAAAGAUUUUGAUUCACAACUGACAAAAAAUCUACGAAUGACUUCGACAGCGGAACAGAAAAACCACGUGACAACUUGAUCUCAAGCCACUGUUAUUAACAAGAAUCAUCUUCAGGAGCAAACCACUUAUUAACUCACUUAUUGGAAUAUCAGAAUCAAAUUGAAUCGGGAUUGGGAUCGAAAUGAUGAACCCAGCCACAGCUCCAUCAUACAUGCAAGGAUACCCAGGGAACCCUAACAUGCAGAUGCAAGCUAUGGGCCAGCCUAACAUGAUGGACUCCUCGGUAGCAAUGUCUCAGGGCGGGAACCCCGGAGGUGUAGUAGUCACAUCAUUCAACGGGGGAUCCUCCACUUCCAAUCCGUCUCACAUGUCCGUCCAACAAACUCCCAAUGCCACUGUGAUCCCAACUGGCAUGUCCAAUGGCCAUAUGAUGACCUCAGGACCUCCCGGAUCCCUACCCAUGCACAUGACUCGCCAGGUGCCUCCAAAUGGAGCCAUGUACCCAGCCGGACACCCUGCAAACAUGGCCAUGAUGAAAGGUCACGCUGUCAAUCCGAACGCCAAAUACGCUGCAGGCCCUAUGAUGCCAGCGGGCAUGAACGGGAACCCUCACAAUGCUGCAAUGAUGAUGGGAAACGGACCAAUGAGUGCACAACAGAUUGCCAUGUAUAGCAACAACAACACAGUGCCAUACAGUCCCCACGGAAUGUACCAGCAACAGUUCCCAAUGGGGGCAAUGGGAGGCGCUUCUCAGCAACGGGGGAUGCCCAAACAGAUGAUGGGCAACCAGAUGAUGAUGAGUCAAGAAAUGGCAGCAGCAGCCGCAGCACAGCAGAAUCGAGUGAUGAAUUCCAUGAACGGAGGUCCCCCCAAUGGAAUGAAUAGAGUCGGGGGACAACCUCAAAACGGAAUGAACCCGAACAUGUAUCCACCGGGACAAGUUCAUAUGAAUCCUCAGCAGCAGCAGCAGUCCAUGCAGACACAGCACAUGUUUCAAGGCAUGGUUCCCAAUAGCAGUCAUUCCAUGUCAACUCAACAACAGCAAUCUCUGAGCAUGCAGCAGUCAGCAUCAAUGGCAGCAGCAGCAGCCGCGCAGAACGGCGUCUCAACCGCCAAUAUGAACGCCAACAUGCUGAACCGACAACAACAACAGCAAAAACUGAUUGCUUUACAACAACAACAACAACAUUUCCAGCAACAGCAGCAGCAACAACGGGUUUCGCAACAAAUGGCAAUGCGACAGGCUAUCACACCACCAGCAAACCUCGGUAGCGAUACGAGCCAAGGUAUGAUGAUGAACCCAAACUACCCCCAAGGUCCUAUGCCAAUGGGGCCUAAUGGCCGACUAACAAUGAAAGAUCAGCAAAAUAGUUCGAUGGGUGGACCAAACAGCAUCAAUGGACCUAUGCCCUCGCCUGCUUCUGCUCAACAGCAAAUGACAGCUUCAAUGACGAUGAUCGGAGCGCCUCAUUCAGUUCCUGCGAGUCAUGAAGUGAUGCCAGUUUCACCUCAAGUCCAACCCAACCAAUUAGGUAUGCAUGGUCAAAACAUGGGGUCCAUGAACCCUCUGAUGACGUCAGCGAGCAAAAGACAGACGGCGACGCCUCCGAGCGCCAGUCCCAUAUCGAACCAACAUCCGAUGAACAAUCCAGCACAGCAUCCGAACAACAAUUCCUCCUCUUCUCGCGCCACUCCUAGUCCAAUCCAUCAACGCAAACAUUCGUCGUCUGCUUCACUAAAGCGACGGUCGAGCUCCACCUCGUCAUUCAACAACGACUGCAACAAUCCAAACGACCCCAACAAACCCUCGUCUAACAACGCGACAGAUGAUAUUUCGGGAGAACCCAGUAAGAUCUGCCGACUGUCCUCAUCGACGAACAUCGAUGCGACUAAUCCUAUGAGCUUUAACUGCACGACCAACAACGCCACCAGCAUUCGAAAUCCCAUGUCCACUGGGGGUCCGAGUAGUACUUCGUACAGCACACUUACACUUUCUCAGCUAAACGACAACAGUCGAAAAGACAGUACGUGUAGUAGCAGCAACACCGACACUCACAGCAGUCCCGACAGUGGAAUGGGAGACUCAGUAGGCGAGAGCAGCAACGUCUGUGGCAUGAACAACACCAGCAACAACAACAACAACAAUUCUCAGAACCCGCUUAGCAGACUAAUGCCGAGCAACAACAACAACAACAACAACAACAGCAUCCGAACCAGCACUGAGGAGAUGCUUGAAAACCUGAUACAGGAACUGGGCAUCGAGAAACUGGACCACUUACCCGAAUUGGUCGACAUUUUUUCAGAUUGCAACGACUCCGUAUUUUCCUCCAACACGACAUCUUCAAACACGACAAAUCCGAAUCAAACGACAGCAAGUCACGGCUACUCAACGACUAACAAUUCGGCAAGCUCCACUUCUGCCACAGAUACAAAAAUGAAACAGUCGCUUUUGAGUUGCUCGGCUCAGAGAACCACUAACCCAAUCGGCCAAAAAUGUUAAACGAACAAAAUGACAGACAAAUGAGAAAUAAUUUACAAAUAGACGAUGGAAAGAUGAUUAUAAAAACUAGUUUUGUACUAAAACAAAUAAACUUUGCAAAUAUGUUGGCCAUCGACUUUUCGUAAUAUUUAAAUGUCCAUUUAGGUUUCUUUUUCUUUCUUAAAAUAUCCCAUAUUUAAUU